AGCUGACUCACGUGCCCAGGAGACGGUACAUUAUGACUUUUCAUCAUCAGUCAUAUUUAGUUUAUGAGACAAUAUUACCAGUGCACAAACUGAAUAUAAACGUGACGAACAAUGCUGGUAGAAACCAGUGUUUAAUGAAGUAAGAGUGAGAGUUUAAACAUCAUAUGUGUAUGUGUGAACAUAGAAACAUUUAUGAUAAACAGUUUUUUGUCAAGCCCCUUGUGUACGCAGCGUGUUUAAAUAAAGAUUCCGCGGUUUGAAUCCGCGCACUUCCGCGUUUGAUCGCGCAGCUCGAGUCUGUUUACUGUCACCAGUGCGGAUAAACUUCACUUCUGUGUGUUUCUGACAGGAUUCGAGAUAAACUUGACUUCUGUGUUUCUGACAGGACUCGAGCUCACGCGGUGCUUCACUGCUGUGCUGUCGAUGGUGAUGAAUAUGAGCUGAAAUGCCGUCCGUGUCGACUGCGGUGAAGGAUCUGUAUCUGUCCACAUCACUGAGUGAUCUGAACAAGAGAGCCGAGAUCAAACCAGAUAAAACCAGCACCAGACAUUACGUCCAGAGCGCGUGGAAGAUCUUCAAGGCGGCGGAGGAGUGUCGUCUGGACCGAGAUGAGGAGAAAGCUUAUGUCCUGUACAUGAAGUACCUGACGGUCUAUGACCUCAUCAAGAAGAGACCGGACUUCAAGCAGCAGCAGGAGUUCUUCCUGUCUGUGCUCGGACCAAGCAGCUUUAAGAAGGCCAUCGAGGAGGCAGAGAAGCUUUCAGAGAGUUUGAAGCUCCGGUAUGAGGAGGUAGAAGUGCGCAAACAGCUGGAAGAGAAAGAGAGAAAGGAGGAAAAGAGUCGACAAGAAGCAAGAAUUGAAAAAGAUGGCCGUGCUUCAGCAAAGAAGGAAAAUAAGAAGCAGGUUAACGAGGAGCCCAGUAACAGUAAGACUGGAGCUGAUAAAGGAAGCAUCAGCGCUAAGGAUCUGUUCCAGCUGAUGAAGGAUCCCAGUAUCAGUGUGCUGGUGAUGGACGCGCGCAGCAGACAGGACUUCCAGGAGUCCCAGAUGUGUGUCCCGUCUCAGACGUGCAUCAGUGUUCCUGAGGAGGCCAUCAGUCCAGGGGUGACGGUGAACCAGAUCGAGCUGAAGCUCCCUGCCGUGUCUCUGGACGACUGGAAGCACAGAGGAUUCGUGGAUUACGUGGUUCUGCUGGACUGGUUCAGCUCCGUCUCUGAUCUCAAACUGGGCUCCACUCUACAGAGUCUGAAGGAUGCUCUCUAUAAGUGGGACAGCAGUACGAUCCUGCGCAGUGAGCCUCUGGUGCUGGAUGGAGGAUAUGAUAACUGGCUGCUGUUUUACCCAAUGUACUCCAGCAACGCUAAGGUCAAACCCCCCCGACAGCAGACGGCCAGCACACUGCCCCAGCUGAACUUCUCGUACCCGUCGCUGGAGGAUCCUGAAGCUGUGAGUGUGUGUGAGGAGCCUGCAGCUGUGCAGCUCAACGGCAGAACCGUGGAUCCGGAGCCGGCCGCAGAACCGGCCAGAAACACACCUGCGCCGCUCACACAACCCACAAAAACAGCCGCCGCCGCCUCGCCCCGACACACUCCACAGGUCGACCGCUCCAAAAAACCAGCUGUCAAACCGGCAGCGAACACAAAGCUCAGUGAGGAGCCCUCGGUGGACGACGGCCCCGUGAUGCCCGACCGCUCCGGCAGACCCCCGCUGGACCCGUCCAGAGCUCUGAGUGAAGACGAGCGCAGGGAGAUCCACGCCGACACACUCAGUCUGAUGGAGAAAGCCCGAAAAGAGCAGGAGCAGCGCAAACGAGCCCUGGAGGAGAGAGAGACGGCCGAGAGACAUCAGCGAGAACAGAGCGAGAGGAAGAAGAAGGAGGAGAAGAAGCAGGAGAGACAGACGGCAGAAGAGGAGGAUCAGGGAGAGGACAGGAACAGGAGAGCGCAGAAGGACGUCCCGCUGGAUGCUGCCAUGAAGAGCAUGUCUCUGGAUUCACCUGCACCCUUCAGCGCUAGGGAGUCUCUGACACGAGCACACAGUGAGGAGAUGGGUCGCACCGUCCCUGGGCUGCCGGACGGCUGGAUGAAGUUUCUGGACACGGUGACGGGCACCUACAGAUAUUACCACUCUCCCACCAACCGCGUGCACCUGUACCCCCCGGAGGUCCACACGCCUCAGAUCCAGCCCAGCGCCGCUAAACCCAAGCCACCGGCCGCAGAGACGGAGAAAGAGAAGGAGCAGGAGCGAGAGAGAGAGAAGGAGAGAGAGAGAGAGCAGUCCAAACUCAAACGCUCAUACUCCUCUCCAGACAUCAGCCAAGAGCUGAGCACAGAGACCAGCAGAAAACCUGCAGCCACGCCCACCUUCAGCAGAGACAACAAGCCGCUGGUCACCGCUGCUGCUUACUCUAAGGUGGAGGUCACUCGGCCGUCUGCUGCUAAGAUCCGGAGCCUGAACCCAGUGUUUGGAGGUCAGGGGCCGUUGCUAACGGGCCUCCGUAACCUCGGCAACACCUGCUACAUGAACUCCAUCCUCCAGUGCCUGUGUAACACGGUUGCCAUGGCAGACUACUUCAACAGGAACAUCUAUCAGGACGACAUCAACCGGGCCAAUAUUCUGGGUCACAAGGGCGAGGUGGCCGAGGAGUUCAGCGUCAUCAUGAAGGCGCUGUGGUCAGGACAGUACAAGAUGAUCAGCCCGCAGGAUUUUAAAGGCACCAUCUGUAAAAUCAACAACCGCUUCUCCAGCUACGAGCACCAGGACUCUCAGGAGCUGCUGCUGUUCCUCAUGGACGGCCUGCACGAGGAUCUCAAUAAGGCGGACAAGCGGCGCGGGUACAAGGAGGAGGACAUCGAUCAUCUGGACGACGUGAGCGCUGCAGAGCUGGCCUGGUCCAAACACAAGCUCCUGAACGAGUCCAUCAUCGUGGCUCUGUUCCAGGGUCAGUUCAAGUCCACGGUCCAGUGCAUGAGCUGCCAGCACAAGUCACGCACCUUCGAGACCUUCAUGUACCUGACCCUGGAGAUGACGUCCAGCAGCAAGUGCUCACUACAGGACUGUCUGAAGCUGUUCUCUAAAGAGGAGCGUCUGACCGACAGCAACCGCUUCUACUGCCGCCGCUGUAAGACACACCGAGACGCCAUCAAGAAGAUGCAGAUCUGGAAACUUCCUCCCAUUUUACUCGUACACUUGAAACGGUUUAAGUACGAUGGCCGCUGGAGGGAGAAGCUGCAGACGCUGGUGGAUUUCCCGCUGGAUAAUCUGGACCUGUCACAGUACGUCAUCGGACCCAAACACAACCUGAAGAAGUACAACCUGUACGCUGUGUCUAAUCAUUACGGAGGGCUGGACGGCGGUCACUACACAGCGUACUGUAAGAAUCCUCUGAAGCAGCGCUGGUUCAAGUUUGAUGAUCACGAGGUGUCAGAUGUCUCCGCCUCCUCGGUGCGCUCGGCCGCUGCCUACAUCUUCUUCUACUCCUCUUUAUGAUGGACAGCAACAGGGCGUCACCAUGGUGACCGGGUGAUUGACGCAUGUUUGACAUCCAGCUGUGGGCGGAGCUAAAGCCCUAUCCAUGAGGACUGCUGGACACUUCUCAAAGGGAACGUCUCUCUCUUUCUCUCUCUCUCAGUGUCUCUCUCUCUCUCUCUCUCUCUGUCUCUCUCUCGCUCUCUCUCUCUCU